AUGCGUUUCACCGCCACCCUCCUUCUCUCUCUGGCCCUCCUCUCGUCAGGCGUUGUCGCAGAGGAUGCGGCUCAACCCCCUAAAGUUAAACACAAUUACCAGAGUGAUGUAGCUCGUUUGCGCAAGAUUGUGAUCAACAGCCUUUACUCGCAUCAGGAAAUAUUUCUUCGCGAGCUCAUUUCAAACGCCAAUGACGCCUUGGAAAAAUUGCGACUUGUCUCUUUGACCAACAAAGCCGCAUGGGACGGAUCGGACCCCCUUAAUAUCACUAUUAAGGCGGUGAAAAAUGAGGAUGGGAAAGGUGGCCGUUUGAUUGUUGCAGACACUGGAAUUGGUAUGUCACCAGAAGAGCUUACAACCAACCUGGGUACUUUGGCAAAAUCAGGCACUUCUGAUUUUCUGGCCAAGGCAGAAGGAGGUGAAGCAACUGCCACUGGGAACUUAAUCGGCGCUUUUGGUCUCGGAUUUUACAGUAGUUUCUUGGUUGCUGACCGCGUCGAGGUAGCCUCUAUCCCCCCUAAGUCGGAGAAGAACCCCAACCCUGUUCAGCAUGUCUUCAGCUCCUCCGCCGACGAUAGUACUUUUGACGUUUACCCAGAUCCCCGGGGAAAUACCAUUGGCCGGGGGACAGAAAUUACUCUUUAUUUGAAACCUGAUGCCGAAGAAUAUCUUGAACCUGCCACCCUCUCAGCUCUUGUUCAUAAACAUUCGGCAUAUUCUUCUACAUUCCCAAUUUAUCUAUUUGAACGAUGGGAGGAAGAAGUACCUGAAGAAACCCCCGAAGAAGCCUCUGCCCCUACCGAUUCUCAAGACGAACCGCCCGUGGAACCUAAAGAAUCUCUAGGCGCCGAUAGUGACGAUGAUGAGGCUUUAGUCGAAGACGUAACAAGGGAUGAAGAAACCAAAGUUGAGCCUCCACCUCAGAAGAUGGUUAAUGUGACCAGGGAGCAAUGGAGUCGUCUGAAUUCUCAGCAGCCUUUGUGGGCGAGAGACCAAAAAAACAUCACUGAAGAUGAAUACAAUUCCUUUUACACUUCGUUUUUCAAGGACUUCGGAAAACCUCUUGCUUGGCAACAUUUCUCUGGCGAUGCAGGUUCUGGAACAGCUUUUAAGGCUCUCCUUUUCUUCCCAACCAAGCUACCCGAGGAUUACUGGCAGAAACCACUAGAGUAUAAGUCUAAGGAUGUCAAACUGAUGGUCAAGCGCGUAUUCAUCACAUCAGACCUUGGAGACCAAGCCUUGCCGCAAUGGGCUAGCUGGGUAAAAGUCGUUAUUGAUGCUGAGGAUCUUCCAUUGAACGUGUCCCGCGAGACCUUGCAAUCGAAUCGAUUUAUGAAGCAAUUGCGAGCUCUAAUUCUCAAGCGCAUGAUUCAGCUGUUCGCAAAAAUCUCUGAGGGUGAUGACAAGGCUAAAUUCGAUAAAAUGCAAGAAACCUAUGGAUCCGUUAUCAAACUGGGAGCGGUGGAGGAUAGCAAAAACCGCGAGAAGUUGGCAUCUUUGGCUCGGUUUUCUACCAAUCAUAGGAAUGAAACAACAUUCGACCAGUACCUUGAGAGGAUGAAGAAGGGGCAGAAACAAAUCUUUUAUCUGGCCGAAAUCGGCAAGAAACCCGCAGAUCUUGCUCAGAGUGUCUUCAUCGAAAAGCUCCAUGCUCGUGGUUAUGAAGUUCUUCUCCUCACUGAACCAUUGGAUGAAAUUCUUCUUGGACAUCUCCGUGAAUGGAAAAAUGUGCCUUUCCAGGAUGCCGCCAAAGCCGGCCUUAAAUUCGGUGACGAAGACCUGGACCCUGAGGAAGAGAAGGAACGCAUGAAGCAACUUGAAGAAGACUUUAAACCUCUCGUUGAUUACCUCAAGAAAGAAAUUGGAGACACCGUUCGUGACGUUGUUCUAUCACAACGUCUCGUGAAAAGUCCUUGUGCCAUCGUGGCUGACGCCCAUGGGUAUACUGCUAAUGUUCAAAAGAUGAUGACUGCAUCCCAAGCCAAGGGCAACCGGGGUGGAAUUUUACACGACUACAUGUUGAAAGCCAAGGUCCUUGAGAUCAAUCCAUAUUCCCCUCUCAUUGAGGGCCUCUUGCGCCGCGUCAAAGAUCUUCCUACCGAAGAUGAGGAACGUGACAUCGACAGCGAAGAAGAAUUACAAGAGGUUACCUCCAUCUUGAUUGAUGGCGCACUGGUUCGCUCUGGAUUCGAUGUUCCCGACAGCAACAAGGUUGACCGAGUUCUGCGGAGAUCCCUGGGCGUUUCAGAAACCGCUGAUCCCCACGUCGAGAUCAAGCCUGCUCCCCCGAUCGCAAGCAAGGAUGACGAACCUUUUGACCAAGGAGGCUCAGCUGCUGUUGUUGAGGACGAAGAUGACGGGAAACCCCGUGUGAUUCUUCCUGACCAUUUGAAAGAUAAAAUUUCACUUGAAAUGGAAGAGAUUGAUGAAGAUGGCAAUGUAGUGAUGCACGAUGAGCUAUAA